UGUUGCACACACCAGAAGCCAUUCUCGCCCAACUUCAAGCAACCGGCUCCGCGUACUCCGAGAACAAGCCGGGGGCCGGGAGCAACUCCUAAAUCUUGCCCAUUCGUUGAUUUCAAGCUUGGAGCUUCCAAGCGAAGCUAUCCAGCGAAUGGGCUGGGCUGAGCCCGCAAGAGCCGCACACUGUCGCAUCGCAGUCGACUUGGGGCUAUUCGAAUAUUUGAAAGACGGUGGCGAGUCAGGAAUCAGUGGGAAAGACUUGGCCGCGAAGGCGGGUGCCGAUGAGACUCUGAUUGCAAGAACCUUGAAGCAUCUUGCUGCUAUGAAUGUCGUUGCCGAGACGGGUGCUGAUAAGUAUGUCGGGACGCCCCUGAGCAACGCUCUGACGGAGCCGAAGUACCAAGACGGUAUUAUUUACACAUACGACGUAGCCGGCCCAUCGUUCCGUGGCCUACCAGAGUACUUGAAGAGCAUCAAGUAUGCGCUUCCAACGAAGCUAACAGACGGGCCAUUCCAGGCCGCUCAUAAAACAGAGCUUCCAUUUUUCGCAUGGCUGGACCAGAACCCACCAUACUUGGAGAAAUUUAAUAACUACAUGUCGGCAUACCGCGCCAGGAAACUUUCAUGGAUUGACCAAGGCUUUUACCCGAUCGAGGAGCGUCUUGUUGAAGGCUUCGAUGCUAAUACUGGUGGCAACGACGUGCUCCUCGUUGACGUUGGCGGUGGCCUAGGACACGACCUACGGGAGCUGAAAGAAAAGCACCCCUCACUUCCUGGUAAACUCAUCCUGAAGGACCGUCCCGAAGUCAUCUCGGCCGUUUCUAGCGGAGGGGUGUUUGAAGCCACCGCUCAUGACUUCUUCACCCCCCAGCCUGUAAAAGAAGCCCGAGCGUACUACCUACACUCUGUGCUUCAUGAUUGGGGCGACGACGACUGCGUUCUCAUUCUUGAGCAGCUACGACCUGCGAUGAAAUUGGGUUAUUCGAAAUUGCUUGUGAAUGAGAUUAUUGUCCCUGAUCGCAACCCGACAUGGCCCGUCACCUCCAUGGAUCAGCUAGUAUUCGUGCUUGGCACCAUGGGGGAACGUACGGAAGCACGCUGGGUGGAUAUUCUAAAGCGGGCUGGCUUUAAAGUUGUGCAGAUAUAUAGCUACGAGAUGGGAUCUGAAAGCCUUAUCGAGGCGGAGUUAGCAUAGCGAAGAUCGAAGGGUCCCUAUUUAUGCAGGCACUUAACGAAAUGAAAUGAAUACGAAAGGUACCUAGGGAGCAGGAGGAUACAGCCAGCGCGGAUAGGUAGGAGGUGCAUAA